GUUUAGACAAAAAGUCACCUAGACAACCGUACGGCAUUUUUAUGAAGUUGAGCAUGGCUUACAGACUCAAAAUAUCGUGCUUGGAUUUCUAGUUGCUAUUGCUGAUUCGUCCUAAUCUCACUAUUGUGUUAUUGCUGAUUUCUUCAAGCUGUUUUCAUCGAUUAAUCUCAUUUCUUUUAGCGCGCUUAAUGAACAGUCGACCCAUCCUGUUUUUCUCUUUCUGACGAAUUCGUCAGCUUUCUUGACUCAGUAAACUCUGUACUCUCCCACAACACUCAAUAUAGCUUCAAGAUUAAUGCAAACCGCUACAGCAUGUUAGUCACAUGUCGGUUUGUAGUGUGAACGGUGGAAAUUCUUUAAAACGAAGCAAUGAUAUUGUUGACAGUUAUUAUGAAGACCCAGCACCUUAUAUAUACCGUCGGAACAUUAAAAAGCCCUUGAAUCACAGUUUUCUGACGUUUGGAAAUUCAUCAUCUCUUUCAAUUUACUCCAGCAGCGGCAACAAUGGGAUUAUCGUUAAUAAAAACAUCUUGUUACGAAAAAGCUCUUCACAGCGCUCGAAGCUCUGUAUAAUUUUAUAAUAUGCAUAAAUUACUUGAAAAAAUGAGUAUACGUGGCUCCUGGUGCAAGGUGUCUUGCAUCUUAGAGGGAAAGUCACCGCUUGCACGUGUUGGUCAUUCAACUCACGCUAUACGAGUGAAAUGUGGGGACACUGGCAACCGACCAUUGAUUAUAAUGAUCGGGGGUGCAGAUGCUUCAGGAGUAUUUGAUGAAGCCUACAUUCUGGAUAUAACAUCAUUUAAGUGGUACACUGUUGAUUUGGAACAGACAAUUGAUUUUCCAGGUCUGGGAAGGUAUGAACAUAGCAGUGCAAUUUUAAACAAUCAGGAAUUAAUAGUAUUUGGUGGUGCAACAAAUACAGGUCCUUUGAGUCAACUACUCCGUCUACAAAUUCAUUGUCUAUCAACGCCUGAAAAUCCGUCAAUUAAUGAAGAGGAGAGAAUCACUGCAAGUUUAACUCAAGAUCGCAUUCAUACUGAUAUUCAACAGUUCAUCUAUCAUCCUCGCACACAAAACUCUUCUGUUUCACUAACUGAAUAUAAUCAACUCAUAGUAUUCUCUGGUGGGAAUGUUGGUAGUCAGCCAGUGUCAGAUGAUAAAGUUUAUAUGUAUGAUAGUGAAAUAAAUUCAUGGAAUAUUAUACCAGUGGAAGGUUUACCACCAUGUUCACGAUUAGGUCAUUUAAUGCUAUAUGAAUUUCCUUAUCAACUAACCAAUUCAAAUUAUGAACGUAUCCCAAAAGGUAAAUUGUAUAUACAUGGUGGAAUGGUCAAUGAAAAACUACUUGAUGAUAUUUAUGUAAUACAAUUUACUGAUCAAGCUGAUAAUAAUUUGCACUUUAAAGGUAUAUGGAGUAAACUAUAUCCGACUGAUAACUUAUCACCACUUACUAUUAGUCAUGAUAAUGCAGAAAAUGAGUGUGAAUAUUUGGACUCAGAAGGUAUUGAAUCUACAAAGACUCCAUCUCCAGGUCCACGUGCUGCUCAUGGUGGAACAAUUUUAACAAAUAAAAUUUAUGGACAGGAUACCAGUAAAAUAUUAAUAUUUGGUGGAUUGUCAUUAAAUGGGGCGUUGAAUGAUAUGUUUUGUUUUGAUACAAGUACCAAACAAUGGACCGAAAUUAAAUAUGAGACUUCUGUAUUACCGAGUCCACGUCUAGACUUUGCUUAUUGUACAUUCUCAUUAAUCGUUAAGAAGGAUACUAAAGAAAAUUCAAUGAAAAUUAUAUUCAAAUCACCAAAAGAUAAUCAAUAUCACGAUGAUAUUGUUAAUACUGAUGAGUAUGAAGAUGAAGAUCAAUACUGUCAAGAGUAUUUAUUUAUUCACGGCGGUAUGGAUACUCAUGGUGCUAUGUUUGAUGAUUCUUAUCUUAUUCUACUAAGUGAAUAUCAACUUUCUAAUCCACUAAAUGCUCAAACAAUUAUCCCUCAAAGUUAUUCACAUGGAAAAUGUUAAUAUAUAUUUGCAGCAAAUAAAAUAUUAAUUUGCAAUACAUUAUAAUCCCCUUUAAAUGCAUGAAAUUCUGAACGUUUAUAUGUAUUUCUACACAACUUCGGAAUAAUUAAAAUAUCAUAAAUUUUUCGUUUUAUAGCUUUUUUUAAAGUUUCAGACAGUUGAGUGUUUUUGUUGAGUAAGUAAGUAUUUACGACAGUCAUCUAACUGAAUGUUCUGUUCUAAAUAUGGAACUCAUUUUUACCAUUUAUCUUUUUAUAUAAAUAAAAUUAUUGAUUACUUUCUUGUC